AAUGCCAAGUAGUUAGGCAGCACUAUCUUUGAGCGCGAUGGAACUGAAGCAUCUUGGCAAAGGGGUUUAUAGGACAGGAGUAGUUAAUUGCUUGAUAUCUAUCAAGCACUUCGGUUGGUCGGCCCUCGGUGGGAAAUUGCGCUGGCAUUAGCGACCAAUACCAAUUUAUAACACAGUAAAAAGACAGAAACAAGAGCGAAGAAGAAUAGACACUUGAAGACUCCCUUGUGGUUUACUCAUCUUCAGUACUCCGUCCUACUCAUGAAGGGACUGUUAAUGCAGAAUAUGGCCGCAUCAACACUCUUCUAUCUUCUCCUCUUUGGUUAUUUCCUUCCAACCUUGGCCUCUCAACACCUCCAUAACAACCACCAAUACCUUCACCAUCGGAGUAAUGACACCGCAGGUCAUACGACUCAAAGCGCACAGGACACAGUAGAAAAGGCACUAAAGGCCCUCCGGAUCGCGAAUCAGCUUAGGGUGCAAAACGUUCAGUUCAACAAGUAUGAAUUUGAAAAUUCUACAGCAAACCAGACUCAGUCUGUGAUUAUACCGCUACUCGACUAUGCAGACCCUGUCAAAAAUGCUUCGUUGUCAAAGUUGCAUCGACGCCAGGCUACCAACGAAACUGAGGGCAUGGGAGCAAACCCGAAGUAUGGCUACAUACUUUCUCCGGAAUUGAUCGAAGCAGCCAAGGAGGUUGCAGAAUCAGUGCCUCCUUCGAAUUGGGAUCUUAAUUAUGCCGAAGUCGCCGAGGGUAUGCGCGCAAAAUAUGGCUCUAGGAAUAAUGAUACCAUUGCUAUGACUCAGAGUCUUGUCCACACGAAUGGGCUUUCUAGGUAUACCGAGGUUGACCAACCUGUUAGUCUGCAGCAGCCAAUGCAGGAAGCUAGAGUUAAACGGGCUGGUUCCUCUUACUGGAUGGCUAAAAUAGAGCAAAAUGGUGCCAGUCCGUAUGCUCCAGCUGAUUACAAGGUCUGGCGAAAUGUCAUGGAUUAUGGUGCAAAAGGCGAUGGAGUUACUGACGACACUGCUGCUAUCAAUCGAGCGAUAUCAGAGGGCAGUAGAUGCGGUCCUGGAUGCCAUUCAAGCACUAGGUUUCCGGCUGUAGUAUGGUUUCCCCCGGGGACUUAUCUCGUCAGCAGUCCAAUUAUCCAGUACUAUAACACGCAAUUUUUAGGAGAUCCAACAAAUUUACCCACUAUUUUAGCGGCAUCUAGUUUCGUGGGCCUUGGAGUCAUCACCUCGGAUGUCUACGUAGGCCAGACCGAGGAAUGGUAUCUCAACACAAACAACUUUCUUCGCAGUAUCAAAAACUUCAAGAUCGAUAUUACCCGUACCGAUCAGUCUGCAUAUGUCUGUGGAAUCCAUUGGCAAGUAGCCCAGGGGACAUCAUUAGAGAACAUUGAUUUCUACAUGUUGCAAAAUGUGGCGGGGAAUACCCAGCAGGGAAUAUAUAUGGAAAAUGGAAGCGGCGGCUUUCUUGCUGAUCUGACCUUCGUAGGAGGCAAUUUUGGUGCCUACUUCGGAAACCAGCAGUUCACUACCAGUCAUCUGGUGUUUGUGAAUUGCAAGACCGCGCUUCAAAUCCACUGGGACUGGGUAUGGACUAUGCAGGACGUAGUCAUUGAGUCAUGCGGUACUGGGCUUGUCGUAACUGGUGGCGCUGGAGGACCUCUCAGCACAGGACAAUCCCUAGGUUCACUAGUGCUGGUAGAUGCAAUUAUCGCGAACACUCCCAACGGGAUUGUCACAUCGCUGUAUGCCGAAAACUCCACUUCGCUCCUCCUGCAAAACGUAGGAUUCUUCAACGUCCAGAACGCUGUCACAGAUUCUGUCCUCUCCAAGGUCCUGCUGGCCGGGGCAACGAGAGUGACCGGUGCCAACGGGGCAAACAAUUUUGCUAAUGGUGAAAAUAUUCCCGUCAUGAAUCGCACUGAGUCGCUGCUCUCGUCACAGCUAGCUUAUGUGAAACCUAAUUUCUAUACUCGCCGACGCCCCAAAUAUACCGAUAUCGGAAUGAGCCAGAUCAUCAACAUCAAAACCGCAGGCGCGAAGGGAGACGGUGUGACUGAUGAUACUAGUGCUUUGAGUAGCAUUUUCGCGGCAGCGGCAAAUAUGUCCUCGAUAGUCUUUAUUCCUUAUGGAGUCUAUGUGGUUACGGAUACUGUGAAAAUACCGAUUGGGUCUCGCAUUAUUGGGCAAGCAUGGCCGCAAAUCAUGGGUAAAGGGCCGAAGUUUUCGAAUCCACUAGAAAAGCGUGCUGUUAUUCAAGUUGGAGAGCCAGGAGAAUCUGGCGUCGUUGAAAUACAAGACCUGUUGUUCACGGUGUCAGGGAAUACAGUCGGCGCGGUUCUCGUCGAGUGGAAUAUUCAUGAAAUCUCACAAGGAUCAACUGGUCUUUGGGUAUUUGUUGCUAAUUUUUUGAUUAUCUUAGACUCGCACUUCCGUGUUGGAGGGGCUGUUGGAUCGAAUUUACAAGCAGCUCAGUGCCCCAAAGGCAAUGGGGUUAACAAAAACUGCAUCGCUGCAGCUGCACUUCUUCACAUGACCCCGAAAUCGUCGGCCUAUCUUGAGAAUGUAUGGAUGUGGACUGCCGAUCACGAUCUGGAUGCUUCGGACGAGGUGCAGAUCGAUAUCUUCUCUGGCCGUGGUGCCCUAAUCGAAAGUCAUGGUCCUACUUGGCUGUACGGUACAGCCGCAGAACACAACGUACUUUAUCAGUAUCAAAUAUCCAGUGCUAGUAAUAUACUAAUGGGUAUGAUUCAAACCGAGGCUCCCUACUUCCAGCCGCAUCCGAAGGCACCUUUGCCAAUUGUGACAGGCAUAUUUCCCAACGACCCAAUGUUCACUGACUGCGCAACUGACUCUAAGACGUGUGCUGUUUCUUGGGCUGUGAGGAUUGUUAAUUCGUCCACUGUAUACCUUCUUGGCGCUGGGCUCUAUAGUUGGUUUUCUGACUACUCUCAAGAUUGUCUAACAACCGAGAACUGUCAAGAUAAAGGAUUUGACAUACAGGAGAGUCAUGAUCUCUGGAUAUACAACUUAAUCACCAAGGCCAUCGUAGAGAUGAUCAGCCCUGUCAACGAGAUAGCUACACUGGCCAAGAACAACAAGAAUGGCUUCAUGUCUUCCAUUAUGGCGUGGUUGAAAGGGUCAGAGCAAACGACGGGACAGAAGACAUUUCCUGGUUUUACAAUAUAUAGUCCUGAUGAUCUUCCUUCAACGUUCUCUGCUGAGUGCAUCACCGCUCUCUCAGCCACCAUCGACUGUGACCUCUACGUGUUUGACUUUUAUGAGACUGCUUACCACGGGUCUUUGGGUAAUGAGACUCUAACGGAUUCAGUAUGCGAUAAAGGUUGUGGCGAGUCAUUAGGUAACUGGGUUCAUGACGUUCAAAGAAACUGUGCUGGAUACACCUUGUUUUCCAAUCCGGCGGACCGAUUUGGAGGUAAUAUGUGGGCAGGAUGGAACGAGACGUGCUAUAAAGACCCUACGACCAAUCUAUACUGCAAUGACAUCAUUCAAAACUUCACCAGGGUAGCCACAGUGGAUGACAUGUCCCACGAUGAGCUUUGCUCCUAUUGCUACAAGACAAAACUGCAACUUAUGCAGUCUAGCCAGUAUUCAUACUACAACGAAAUCUUCAAACAUAGCCUCGAAACAGUGGUAUCCAAAUGCGGUAUCGCGGCUAACACAACAAUCCCGUCAUCCCUAACUAUUAUCGAACCAGCUGAAGAACCCAUCUGCAUUUCAGAAAACAUCUACACAACCAAAGACGGGGAUACAUGCACAUCAAUUGCGCUCGACUACUCUCUAUCCUCUGCAGCACUCUACAUGGGCAACCAAAACCUCAUUCACGACUGCCAAAAAGUAGCCAAGGGCGCAAAACUCUGUUUACCGUUAUCCUGUGAACAUACCUAUAUCCUCCAGGACCAAGACACCUGCCGCAGCAUUGAAAGAGCCAAUGCCGUCGUCCUCUACAACAACAGCCGGGCCAUCAAAUCCGUACUCCGCCAAUUCAAUCCCUGGAUUGAUACUCACUGCACCAACCUGCAUGAAACCUCGCAGGCGUAUGGGAGCGUGCUAUGCCUGUCGCCUCAGUACGGAUACUUCAACACCACAGACCCCGUUCACACGUCUCGCAACCCGUUCGCUGUGGGUCAAAGUGAUGGAUACGGCGCGUACCCGAUCGAUCCGCCCCUGAAUUAUACAGUUGCGCCUGGCACCACGUUGCGAUGCGGGAAAUGGCAUGUCGCGAGUGAGAGCGAAUCGUGCGCGCAGAUCUGCAUUCAGGAUGAGAUUACGAAUAAGCUAUUUCUAGAUGUAAAUCCAUCGCUGAGUUUCGAGAAUUGUACGCAGGGGCUGGUUUCGGGCUAUGCGUAUUGCACGGGGCCAAUGAGGGGGUGGAAUUAUACUGCUACCUGA